UUUAUGUAAUCAUGGUAUUCAUAAUUGAUAAACCAAAAUCUAACAAUAUAGGGUGCAUUAAUUGUUUAAGGCAAAUCACUGGCUUUUCUCUCUUAAUCACUGAUUAUAUAUCUUGAACUAAGAAGCUAUUUUCUAUUUGUGGGGAGUGUCGUGCACCUCGGUUUGACUUAGGGUUCUAAGUGAGAAUUGGAAGAAAUUGAGGGAGAAAAAACUGAACCAGAACAGAGAGAGAAUUUAUAAAGAGAAAAGAUGACUUGAAGUUUGAUUCAUUCAACAGAUUCUAUUUUUUAACUGAUCUAUUCUAUUUAUAAGUUUUAUUAUCAUUUCAGUUACAAUACAAUUUGACGGUAUAAUUAUAAACAAAAGGUUAAGUACAAUGUCGUAAUUGCCUUACACCACUAUUACUAUUAUUUUUACCAAUAUAUAUACUUGGGGUCGUGACAGAGCUCCUCAGCUCCAAAACAAGUAUAUCCCAUCUCCAAUUUCCCCAAAAGCUGUCUUCUUUUCUUGUUUGUUUUAAAGUCAUAUGGUCUUGGCAGCUACUUUCAGUUCUUUGUCUAAGAAACAAAAGGCUGAAAAUAUUUUGGAUUAUUUUUACGGUCAAAGGAGGAAGUUUGGUGGCUUACCCACCAACUACUACCUCCUCAACUUGGUACUUUAUUUUUGUUAAACUACAUGGAGAAGCUAUGCAUUAUAUCACACAGAAUCAAAUACCUUUUUUUCAUAGUGAUUAGUGAUUGUCCGAGGAGUAAGCCAAUCUGCCACACUUUACUGUGUAAUCAAAUCAGGGCAUUACUACUGUGAGGAGUAAUGCAGUUAGAUCGAACAACAUAAUACUACUACUCCAAUAAAAGUCAGCCCUCUGAUUACAGUUUCACAAUCACAACUCUUCUUUUGGUGGCAGUAGUUACUGUAAUGGCAGGCUCAGUAUCAUCAAGAAGCAAAGUUCUCAUCUUGCUUUUGAUUACUGCUGCGGCUGCUGCUUCUUCCUUCGACCAAGCAAGCUUAGCAGGGGCAGCUGUUCCAGUUACAAAGGGAGGUGCUGGCCAAAUCCUUGCAAAUGCCUUGUUGUGCUUCAACAAGAAGAUUAUUUACAGUAAAUGUUAUGAAGCUUACAGAUUGGAUGAGAGAGGAUAUCUAAAUGUUCCACCUCAAGCAACAGACCUGUUUUGCAAUGGGCCUUGCUUGGCUGAGACACAAGGCUUACUCAAAUGCAUUGAUAAUACAUUUUCCAACUUCAGAUUCAACAAUAAGGCUACAAUGGCAGACAUAAGAGGCACAAUCCAAGCUGCUUGCAGUUUCACAAAACAAAGGGGGAACUUCAAUGUGGGGGAUUACAUACAAAGUGAGUCAAGUAGUUCAACACGGAUUCCUAAUGCAGCUAGAGUGCAUGCCUUUCUGUUGAGUGCUGGAUGCUUAAUUUUCCUCUUCUAAAACCAUCUUUGGUAUUGUCACAGCCAUACCCAAGCAAUGCAGCUUGUCUUUUAGAACAAAAGAUGCAUAGCAUUAGCUAGUGCAACUUUAUUUGUUUUGCUUGGUCUAUAGCCAAUUAGUCAAUUAUUCAUUGAACACGCACAGUGAGAGAUUAACAGCGAACAAUAACUAGAUAUAUAUUUAAUAGAGUAGGGCCAGAACAACUAGCAGGGGGACUAGACCCAACUUAGGCAUUACUUACCAAACAAACGAGCAAACACAUACCCAAAUACCAAAAAGAAACACCCAUAGCACCAAAAGCAACUGUGUGCAACUAAAAUCCAUUCAUCUCCCCCAGCCAGAACAGUAGUUGUGCUUUCAUGUUCAAGCACAACCACCACCACCACCACCACAUCCAGUCCUAUUAGCAUUGGCAAGCUCUUCUUCCUUCUUCACCCCUUCAGCGGCAGCCACACCUUCUACCUCAGCCUUGGCAUCUCCCACAGUACAUUCCACCACAUCUUUGGCUUCAGAGUUCAGUUCUUCUUUUUUGGGGGAGACCACAGCAGGCUCCAUCUUUGGGAUUGUCAUUGUC